AUGUUGAUGCUCACCCAAGGUCCCGAUGUCAUUUACCCGGUAUCUAUUGUGCUUGCGAUCUUAGAUGUCAUAGCUGUUGGGCUGCGGUUUUAUGCUCGGCGAAGGCAGAAGCAAUCACUUAGAAUUGACGAUUGGUUGAUUAUUCCGGCUCUCGUUAUGAUGCUUGGCAUGUGUGCAGCUAUCUGGUGGGGUGUUGCAAGCAGAGCCGUAAGAUAUCCUACGCCUGCUCUACUAGAAGCUCGUGAUCUCGUUUCGAGAACGCCAAUCGACCAGUCCAAUAGAAUCAUCACCAUCACAGCCAAGACUUUCUUCAUCGUGAUCACAUUAGCAAUUCCAACCUUGGGUUUAAUCAAGGGAAGCAUUCUAUGCUUCUACCGUCGUAUCUUUUGUAUUUAUGGACUCUCUCGGUAUAUUCCUUUGAUAGCGAUAACUUUUAUGCUUACGAUCGUGUUUACCUGGACGGUCGGGUUCUUCUUCGCGUACGUGUUUGGUUGUGGAACGACUUUCGAUGUCUACUGGGCUGGUGCUGGCGCCGACAUCAUUGCGAAAUGUGUUGAUACGCAGAUGAUGAUGUACGCUCUGUCGUUGUCAGGGUUUCUAUGCGAUGCUCUUAUCAUACUCAUUCCAAUUCCACUGGUCUGGAAGCUACAGCUUUCAACGAAAAAGAAGUUGGCGGUUAUUAGUAUAUUUCUUACCGGUAGUUUAGCGGUAGUGGCAUCAAUGAUAAAACUAAUCUGGUUUGUUUGGGAGAAUGAACACCCCUUCAACCCGAAUAACGACCAGGACUUGAUCAUCACGGCCUUCAUUUUCUGGUCCAUGGUGGAAACUCAAGCCGGACUGCUAGCAGCUUGUCUCCCUACCCUAAGAUCUCUCAUCCAAGGGCGCUCUAUGGACUCCGUCCUGAAUAGUAUCCACAGCAAGCUAUCUAUGCAUUCUCUUCGAUCAAGAAGUAGAUCCGACACCGACAGCACAAGGAAAGGCAGCGUAACAAGCUACGAUAGCAGCCCUCGCAGAUCCGAGACAUCUCAGGUCCCUUUCAAUAAAAAUGACAGCGAGACAUACGGGAACUAUCGCACGCGGGCACUGCAUCCACUGGACGCGUCUGAGGUUAGCGAGGACCUACGAAGAGGCCAAAUCGCCAUCGAUAGGCAGUAUGAAGUGGAGGUCACCGAUCAUAAAGUCUAACGCAAUACCGGAUGCAGUGUCUUUCCGACCGUAGACUGCCCCAACGUAGAAAAGGAAAGCGUGACGCGUCUGACCGCCUAUCCAGUUCAAAAUAUCAAGCAUUGUACAUCUCAUCAACUUUUUCGGUGUACUGAAUCUCUUUCGACUGCAUCAACAUACUUCG